UUGCCCUCCAAAAUGGGUUAGCUGAACAAGUUUUCUUAUCCAUUUUCCUCACUUAUGCUCACUCUUUUCUUUCCCCGAUCCCUCUCUCUGCGUCAGUGACUCCCUCACGCCAGCAGCCACGCCGACGACUGCUGCCGAACGCUGCAGCUCGUGCCUUUUUCGCCUGUAGGCUGUCUCUGUGAUUCAAGGGUUUUUUUCUCUUUCACAGCGCAGCCGUCGGCCUCCGUCGAUCGUCGAUCGCCGCGGCCGCCUCCGGAAUUUGGUUAGGAGCAGUGGAUUGGAGUUUUGUCGGUUCCUUACAUCUGGGCAUUAUGUGGAUCUUUACUGUACAUCAUCCUCUUGCUGAUUUCGAAGCCAAACACAGGGGCUUGAGGCAUGUUCACAGAGCCCUACGGUGGACAUGGGACGACAUAUGGAGUGGGCAGGGCGAAUGAGCCACAUGUGGGGAAUUCCGAGGAAAAUGAUGUUCAUGGCAGUGGGUGCUUUUGCCAAGACUGUGGCAAAUUUUCUAAACACCACUUCUGUCCACAAUGCUGAUACUCUUAUUCGAAAUGUUCGAUACCGACCUCCCGGAGUGCCCCUCAUCACUGUUAGCAAUCAUAUGUCGACGUUAGAUGAUCCAGUCAUGUGGGGAUUCAAAGGUUUUCCAAUCUUUGACGCAACAUUGGGUAGGUGGGUGCUAGCUGCGGAAGAUAUAUGCUUUAAAAAUGCUGUGCUAUCUUAUUUCUUCCGACUAGGAAAAUGCAUACCUAUCACCAGGGGUGCUGGAAUUCAUCAAGAAUAUAUGGAUGAAGCACUUGAGCAUUUAAGGAAUGGAGAAUGGCUCCAUACAUUUCCCGAAGGUAAAGUGACCCAAGAAGAUGUGCCCAUCCGACGACUAAAGUGGGGAACAGCUAGUCUUAUUGUUCGUUCUCCUGUAACACCAAUAGUUCUGCCCAUUGUCCAUCGUGGUUUUGAGGAGAUAAUGCCUGAAAAAUCUGUCUUUGGUAGGAGGCCUCCUGUUCCUUUGUGGUGUAAGAAGGUUAAGAUUAUUGUGGGUGAGCCAAUUCUAUUCGACCUACCUAGCAUGAAGCAGAUGGCAAUUUCGAUGUCGCGUAAUUGGUCGUCUCCUCUACUAGGAUGGCCUGCCACUGGAGAAGGAGAAGGAACGAGGUUGGAUGAGGCUGCGCAGAGAUUCUUGUAUGCUCAUAUCUCAGAUCAAAUUCGAGGUGUUAUGGAGAAACUACGUACUCUAUCAUUAGAGAAGUUGAAGAUUUGAAUUUGCUUCUUCAUUGUUUUCAAUAAAUUCAUUGGAUUGUUUAGAUUAAACGCUUUAAUUUAUAUCAAAUGAAAAUUUUAUUUGAUUACUUUAA